AUGUCUUCUCACUUGGAACCGUUUUUGAAUGGUGAUGAUGCCAAGGCCAUCAAAUCUAUUCCAAUUGGCAGUGAGAAUGACAGAGAUGUUCUCAUUUGGCCUUUUUCUAAGAGUGGUGUCUAUUCAGCAAAAAGUGGCUAUAGAAGGAUUGUCAAGGAGCAGGGGGGUAAGGGGUCUUCUAAACCUUCAUCGUCGCACAUAAUAGAUGCGAAGCUGUGGAAGGUGGUGUGGAGGCCAACCAUGCUGCCAAAAAUUUCCAAUUUCUUAUGGCGUGUGUUGUCAAAUGCUCUUUGUACCAACUGGAAUAUUUUCAGAAGAAAAAUUAUUCCAGACCCUUUGUGUGCUCUUUGUGGUGAGCAUCCGGAAACUACAGAGCAUUGCCUACUUCUAUGCCCUUGGACUAGCGCUGUAUGGUUUGGGAGCUCUUUGGGAUACAUCCCAGAGAAGGCCUCUAUCACAAGCUUGGAUGCUUGGCUUCUAGCAGUUUCUGGCAAUUCUGGUAAGCUGUCUCAUCACAAUGAGGAGUUUUUUCAGUUUGUGUGUUUUCAUUUGUGGGAGAUUUGGAAGCAAAGAUGUGUUGCAGUAAUGAAGAGGGUCUCCCCUAACCCUGUUACUACUAUAGAGAACAUUCACAGAAGCUUUAAAGAGUGGUCUGAAGCUCAGCCUGAUUAUGACACUCCCCCAGAUGAGCCUCGGAGACCUACUGCAAGCAAAUUGUGGCAUCCUCCCCCUCCAAAUGUGGUAAAAAUUAACAUUGAUGCAGCUUGGAAGACGAGUAACCAACACAGUGGGAUUGGUCUAGUGGUGCGUAACCAUAGGGGUUGUUCUAUUGCUGGUGCAAGUCUCUUGUGCUCCCAUAAUUCUGUUGUUGAGGCCGAGGCUGACUCGGUGGUUAAAGGUCUUCAAAUUGCAAGGUUCCUGAAUUUGAAAAAUGUUAUCAUUGAGGGUGAUUGCCAGGAGGUCAUUAGGUCUCUCUCUUCCCCAAAUUUCACUCCCAAUUGGAAAAUUCUACCUAUUCUUAAUAGAGUGAAGUUUAUGUUGCCUGCCUUUGAUGAGGUGUUAUGGAACUGGGUUCCCCGUGAAGCUAACCGGGUUGCUGACGCAGCGGCGAAGCUUGCCAUGGUGAGGUUGUGCUCUUCGGACUGGGCUAAUACGCCUCCAACCUCCCUCCUUCAUAUUCUCAGGAGCGAUGGCCCCCCCUGA